UCCGCCAAACACACACAGGAUACACACAACAACACCCUGACAGAUCCACGAAGAGACCAGCGCAUUUCUGCUGUCUGCUGCCUACUGCGAUGGGUGUAGUCUGAAAACAAGUGCAUUCUGUGGCGAACCGCGAUAUACCUCGAAGUUGAAUCCUCAUGAAGGAGCUCCGUCCUGGCUGAGUUCGGGAGAUGGGAGUACUCAACAUUGCAGACCAGCCUCCUCUGGUCCAGGCCAUCUUCAAUCGCAAUGCUGAUGAAGUUCAAUUAUUAUUGCACAAAAAUGAGGACGUCAAUGCACUGGAUCAAGAGCGGCGUACACCACUUCAUGCUGCUGCCUGUGUGGGAGAUGUCCACAUAAUAGACCUUCUCAUAGAGGCAGGGGCCAGUGUGAAUGCUAAAGACCAUAUUUGGUUGACCCCAUUGCACAGAGCAGCCGCUUCGAGAAAUGAAAGAGCUGUAGGUUUGCUGCUGAGGCGAGGAGCUGAGGCAAAUGCACGAGACAAGUCCUGGCAGACUCCUUUGCAUGUGGCAGCUGCCAACCGCGGCACUCGCUGCGCAGAGGCCCUGCUGACCCAACUGAGCAACCUGAACAUGGCCGAUCGCAGUGGACGAACUGCCCUGCACCACGCUGCUCAGAGUGGGUUUCAAGAGAUGGUGAAGCUCCUUCUGAACAAAGGGGCCAACAUCAGUGCCAUCGAUAAGAAAGAAAGACAGCCUAUUCAUUGUGCUGCUUACUUGGGACAUUUGGAGAUUGUAAAAUUACUGGUGUCCCGAAGUGCAGACAAGAACUGCAAAGAUAAGCAGGGUUACACACCUCUUCAUGCUGCCGCUGCAGGUGGUCAUAUUGACAUAGUUAAAUACCUUCUGAGGAUGGGCACUGAGAUUGAUGAACCGAAUGGAUUUGGGAACACAGCGCUCCAUGUGGCCUGCUACAUGGGGCAGGAGGCUGUGGCGACUGAACUUGUCAAUCAUGGAGCAAAUGUUAACCAGCCUAACAAGUGUGGCUACACCCCUCUGCACCUGGCUGCUGUCUCCACCAACGGUGCCCUCUGUCUGGAGUUGCUGGUCAACAAUGGGGCAGAUGUCAACCAGCAGAGCAAAGAAGGGAAGAGCCCCUUGCACAUGGCAGCCAUUCAUGGGCGCUUUACACGCUCUCAGAUCCUCAUUCAAAAUGGUGGGGAAAUAGAUAGUGUGGAUAAGUAUGGCAAUACUCCUCUCCAUGUUGCUGCUAAGUAUGGCCAUGAAUUGCUGAUUAGCACUCUGAUGACCAAUGGAGCAGACACGGCCAGACGUGGGAUCCAUGGAAUGUUCCCUUUGCACUUAGCUGUGCUGUACGGGUUUUCAGACUGUUGUCGCAAGUUACUCUCCUCAGGUCAGCUGUAUAGUAUAGUUUCCUCUAUGAGUAAAGAGCAUGUACUAUCAGCUGGGUUCGACAUUAAUACCCCGGACAACUUUGGGAGGACCUGUCUACACGCUGCUGCCUCUGGCGGAAACGUUGAAUGUCUGAAUUUGCUCUUAAGCAGUGGUACUGACUUGAAUAAGAGGGACUUAAUGGGAAGGACACCGUUGCACUAUGCGGCUGCUAAUGGGAGGUACCAGUGCACUGUGGCCCUGGUGAGCGCUGGCGCUGAGGUCAAUGAGGCGGACCAAACCGGCUGCACCCCCCUGCACUACUCUGCGGCGUCCCAAGCCUUCAGCAGAGUUGAUCGUCAAUUUUCUGGAACUCAUCAGAAUAAUGAAGAUGAAGCAAAGGAGUCGUACUUUUGCUUGGAGCAUCUUCUGGACAAUGGAGCUGACCCUUCAAUGGUCAACGCAAAGGGUUACAGUGCCGUUCACUAUGCAGCUUACCAUGGAAAUAAACAAAACCUGGAGCUGCUUCUGGAGAUGUCAUUCAACGCACUGGGAGACAUAGAAAGUAGUAUUCCUGUCAGCCCACUCCAUCUUGCGGCUGACGGGGGACACUGGGGGGCAUUGCGUGUGCUGACAGAGACUGCGGCAUAUGUGGACAUGCAGGACGCCGCAGGCCGAUCCGUGCUGUACUUGGCUGCACAGAAAGGCUUUGCUCGCUGUGUGGAAGUGCUACUGGCUCAGGGUGCCUCCUGUCUGCUCAAUGACAACCACCUCAUGUGGACUCCCAUUCAUGUUGCAGCUGCUAAUGGUCACGUGGACUGUCUUCGCAUGAUGAUAGAUUAUGGAGAGGAGGGGGAUCUCACAAACGUUGCUGACAAAUUUGGCCAGACUCCUCUGAUGCUUGCGGUCUUGGAGGGUCACAUCGACUGCGUUCACCUUUUGCUGGAGAAGGGUUCCUCACCUGAAGCCAAGGACAAGAAGGGCAGCACAGCUUUACACAGGGGGGCUGUGUUUGGUCACACUGACUGUGUAGCAGCUCUCCUGGAUCACAAAGCGUCUGUACUGAGCCGGGACUCCCAGGGUAAGACUCCUCUGCACUACGCCGCGUCUCGAGGCCACGCCCACAUCUUGGCCGCGCUGACACAGGCCGCCAUCGCCACAGACCCACACGACAAACUGCUGGACAACAAACAAUAUACACCGCUACACUGGGCUGCGUACAAAGGGCAUGAAGACUGUUUGGAGGUUUUACUUGAAUACAAAACAUUUAACCAUGAAGAGGGAAACCCUUUCACUCCACUGCACUGUGCUCUCAUUAACGGUCAUAGCGGUGCUGCAGAGAGGCUGCUGGAGUCUGCUGGAGUCCAAAUGAUAAACACCCGAGAUGCCAAAGGAAGGAUCCCACUGCACGCUGCUGCAUUCGCCGAGGACGUGGCUGGACUUCAACUGAUGCUUCGUCACGGAGCCGAGGUUAACGCCGUGGACGACAGCGGGCGCUCGGCUUUGAUGGUCGCUGCAGACAGGGGGCACAGCGGCUCAGUGGCCAUCCUCCUCCAUCGGGCCAAGGCUGAUCUGACUUUGCUGGAUGAGAAUAAGAACACUGCCCUGCACUUGGCCUGCAGCAAGGCUCAUGAGAUGUGUGCCUUGGUGAUUCUGGGGGAGAUCCACAAUCCCACUCUAAUAAAUGCCACCAAUAGUGCUCUGCAAAUGCCUCUCCAUCUCGCGGCCCGUAACGGUCUGUCCACUGUAGUUCAGGCACUGCUGAGCAGAGGAGCCACUGUGCUGGCCCUGGAUGAGGAAGGUCACACGCCAGCCCUCGCCUGUGCCCCUAACAAAGAUGUGGCUGACUGCCUGGCUCUGAUCCUCUCUACCAUGAAGCCUUUCCCUGCGCGGGACCCUCCCUCCUCCUGCUCCUGCUCCCCCCCCUCCGUCUCGCCCUCCCCAGGUCUCAACAUACUCAAGCACUGCGGCAUCACGGCUGCCUGCACCCCGCUGCCUAGCAACGGCCUCCACAACGGCUACGUCAAAGAGCGUCACGGAGCGGCGGUGGGGUUAGACGGGUGCUUGACCGAGUGAGAGAGCCCCCCCACACCCACCUGAGGCUGCUAUCUCCACCAACACCACCAGGGGGCGCCUCCCUUUAACACGGCCGGAGAGGGCACCCACUGUCCCUGUUCUAUGUAUGUAUGUGCCGUGGGUCAUGUGCGUGUGAAUGUUUGGUCUUCUCUUGAGGUGCAGUCAAACCUAUUAUGCAAUUAGAGUCCAUUCCUCCAUUUCUUAGUAGUGCUUAAUACGUGGAGGCAAAUCGCUCUACUAGGUCACUCGGCUGAAGUCUGGCAACUAAACAACAAAAAACUAAUCUGGCCUUUUUGAAAUGACAUAACCCUUUAAGAUAUUGCUGAAAUAACUAAAACUCUGAUUGCAUGUAGCUUUAAGCAGUGACUGUCAUAUCAUGCUCUGCUGUUGUGACCUGGUAGAGUCAACAAUCACCCCUAAAGAAUGAUCAAAGACUUAAUAAUAAUAAUUUAACUUUUUGUUUUUUUUUGCUUUUUUGUUUUACUCAUCCAUUAGAUUCUUAUGAAGGAACCACACAAGGGAAAAUUUAGCUUCCGAGUGCAAUACAGUACAAUCUGAAUUUGGAAAAGGGUCGAAAAGAUGUUAGUCCCAUUGUGUACUUUUAAUUAAUGCACGACCUCAAAUUGUUUGGCAUUUAAUAUGAUUUGGUUUUGCUGCUGAAUAUAAAACUUCAUGUUGGGGUCGGCGUUGUUACAUCUACCUUAUCAUAACGCUAAUGACCCGCUAUUUUAAGAGAUGCUAAAUAAGUGUUUGUUAAGCUAGAAUGUUUCUAAGCAUAUAAGUUAUGACCAAAGUUGAUCAACACUACUAUGGCUAUAAAAUUAUUUAUUUGAGAUGAACUGUACUGUAUAGAGAGACAAUAGAUCUUGAUAUACCUCGUCAACUCGUUUAGCAGCUGCUUCAUCUUCACCAGGGUCCAUAGUUCUGAGUUCUCGAUGGGGAACUAGAGUAGGAUAGUGACUGACUGAGGCCUUGUUUAUUUAGAUGAAGGCUUUACUAGUAAUAUCUGCCAACAACACCUCAUUGAAGCAUCGUAUCUUUGAGCACAUAAAUGAACAAGCCAUUUCAAUUUUCCCAUCUCGCAACAGUGUUUUGAAAAAAUAAAAUAGAUAUUGAAAUUUUGAACAGCCUAAAUAUUUAAAGUGCGAUCAGAUUUGAGGUUUUUAGGCUCCAACCGGUCAUCAGCAUUUUAUGCUUGUUUUUACAACUCUGACAAAUGGAGUAUUUUCAAAGCUGGUGAACUAGUCUUAAAAAUCAAAUCUUUCGACUUGUCUGUGGUCGCCUCUGAUCAGUUUGAAAAGUUAAGUAUUAUUUGAUAUUUAUAUUGGGCAGUUUUCAAGCAAUAUUUUGUUUCUUGCCUUUUUUUUGUUAAUGUUAUUGAAUAGACAAUCACUGUCACAAGGGCUUUUGUUUCCCUGGAAUGUGUUUGCUUUUGUUUAAUUAUAAUUUUUUCUUUUAUUGUUUCAUGAAGACUAACCUAAAGACUAAACGAAUGGCUCUGUGUGUGCUGGGCAUUUUACUGUCAGUGUCAACUCAAAUGCACUGGAUUGCCUUUACGGCGUCUCAUGAAAUGCCUUUUGACCCAUGCCUUCUGUAACACAUCAUUUCAUGUAUUGUUUCAUAGGACAAGGUCUAACAUGGCUUAUCUUCUCACACAUUUAAUUGGCAGCACAUUAAACCACGAUUGCACCAUAGUUUGUCAUAGAGAAAUGCCAGGUAGAGAAAACCUAGCUUAUCCUGGCAUUUGCUUUGACCAGGGUGUUCAAACCCUCAAUAAAAACAAAUGGGGCUAAACGAAUCGCAGAGGGAAAUUUUGCUUAAUUGUACUCGUUUAUCAGGAAAAGCAGAAUUCCAAAUAUGUGUUCAUAUGUUAGAUAUUCAUUAUUGGUUUUUACUCAAAAUGAUUGUAACGGACCACUAGAGCUGUUUGUGACUUAGAUGUUAUAUCUAUGCUAUUUUUCAUUUUUUUUUCCACCUCUUGGUGGUAAAAAAGUCAAAUGUUUUCAUUGGCGUGAUCACUUCAUAUCUGAGGUGUGAAGUGGCACAGUUGCACACAUUAGCUGACUGGAUGAGAGAGGACCUAGACUAGGCUUUGUAGUGUAUUCCCCAAAAUGUCUUUCAUUUUCCUGAUCGAACCCUGACAAUAGUGUCCUCUAGGUGGGGUUAUAGUUUGACUUCUGUGACUGAAAUGAAAUGGAAGUAACUAGAAAACCACAGCCUUUAUUCUCUUAAUAAUUUUUCAUGAGAACGUAAAUAUUCUUAUCAUUAAUAAUAUUAGGAUUAGGAACAGUUGUUUGUAAUCUCAGGAUCUGUGCUAAAGCAGUGGACAGAAUUUGUGAAUCCAAUCAAAAUGCAGCCGAUUCUUUGUCGACAUUUUGUGAUGAUCAGUUUCAUUUUGAUCCCAGCACUUAAUUAGUAAAGCACGCACUUUAGUGCAUUCAGGUUCUAAUUGUGCAACUAGAGCAGAGUAAUGUAUGUACUUAUGUUUACAUGCAUGUGUGUUGCUGCUAAAACAACAUGGUGUCUGAUAAAAAGCAAAUAAUUAUUUUAACCAAGCGUUCUCUGAGCACUUCAGGACAGUGUCCACUGCCCACUGGCUUCACAGUGAAAGAGUUUAAUACUGAGGCUGUAAAGUGGAGCCUCUCACUGCAGUCAGUGAUACCACAGACGCUCCACACUGCCCUCUGCAGGUGCAGUCUGUCUGGGCAGGGAUCUAUCCACAGUGAUGUCUUUACACCAGUUCACGGAGCCAUUUCCCUUGCAGCUAAAGCGUCACAGUAUUCUUAUACCUGCUUUUUAUUUGUGUGAUAAUAUCUGAGUGACUGUGCAUGAAGUUAGCUUAGGUUUUGCUGCUGAAGCAGAACUAGUAAAGUGUAAACUAUUUAUGGAGUCGGAAAUGAAAAGCAAUGAAAGGUCCAAUUGUAGCAAUAGUGUGUGUGUGUAAUAAUGUGCAGCACAAAUCUUGCACUGCCAUCUAUUUAGGCCAAUUCAGUAAAUUAUAACCUAAAUGCCAAUGGAAGAUUUCAAUGCGGGUUAGAUGUUCUAAUCUUUGGUCACAGAAAAGGCCUUUUUGCCAAAACGAGUCGAGCAGAAUGAGUUUAUGCAUUUGUUCAAGCCGUUUACAGUCUGACCAUCAAAUCUGAGCCAUGAAUUUCGUGACUGAACUGAAUGUGGGGUCUGUUUAGGGCGGGCUUUAGUUCCUCCUGUCUUUAAACAAUGGCUCUUCAUUUGUCUUGCAUAGAUAUGAUUCUAUCGGUAGCAUGUAAAAUUGUUCUUUUAAAUGAAACCGUGUGUGUAGUACCAGUAGUCUUCCUGCAUAGAGGAUCUGGAUAUGUUUGUGGCAUUAUGUUGGGUGUCUGGGCUUGCUCUUGUGUACUUUGACCUUUCUCUCUCCCUCUUCAUAUAUUUACAUUUGUGCUAUGAAGUAACAUUGAUAUCCAUUCCAUUGAGAUUGCCUUACAUUACAGCAAAUACAGAGGGACAGAAAUGACUUGCGGUUAAUCUAGACACAUGCACUCGUAAAUAGCCUACACCUAAGUAGUGCCAUAGAAACCUUUAUUUGCCUUUAGACAUAAUUCAUAGAUACUCACAUAGAGACAGAUACAUUGUGUUAAAAGCUUAUCCUUCACCAAUUACGCUAACAAAUCGUACCACAUGAAUUUUAGUAUUUAAAAUGCAAGCUUUCUCUUAACUUUUAUUGUCAAAUACUUUUUUUUUAAAUUGGAAAUUCUUAACUAUCGUUUGGCCAUUGAUAUAUUAAUAAAGCAAUUCAUGAGUUGUAUGGCUGUUUAGCAGGUUUGACAUAUGAAGAAAAAAAAAAAACUAUUGAUGUCCGUUAAUUGCAUAUAGUUGUACAAAUUAGUUUGCCUCAAAAGGAUGUCUUUGUUCUUACUUGAAAUAACACUGACAAAUUCAAUUUCUCUGAUCCACUGUUGAGCCUUUUGCCUUAAAAGCUAACAAGAAAUAUACCUGGCAGUACCUGAUAAAGUCACGUCUCCCAUAGAGUUAUGCUACUUGCUUGGAUUGCUUAAGAUAUUGGCAAAUUUUGGUCUUAAAGAUACCUGCUUUGGGUGUCAACAAAGCACACAAAUGAAUUGGGGUAGCACAUAGCUCAAGGUUGCCAUGGUGCAGAGAUUGUUUUGAAGUUGGGAUAUCACCAUAUUAGCCACUGUGAAUGAAUGCAUCUACUUAGAAACAAUCAAAAAGUUGGUGUCUAGUAUUGAAAUCUUACAGACACUGAAGAGAUGGUGGUUAAAGAAAAUCUGAUGUCGAAUGGGAAAAAAAUCGAAAUAUUCUUGUACAGCUGUUAACAAAGUAAUAUAGUGUGAUUCAUGUAGUUGUGGGUAGUGUAAUUCUGCUUAAACCAGCCUAAAUCUGAAAUGUAUGUGCAUAGCGUUUCCAUGUCCUUUGAGAGGAGCAUGAAGCUGCACCUUGUGUUUUUAUUGGACCUGCAGUUAUACCUCACCAGUCAAAGCUGAGAUGAUCCUCUGUCACUAUCCAUCUACUUUAUGCCAAUUUUUUUUUUCCUUGAGUGUGAGUGUGAUUGUAAUCUAGGCAUGUCUUACUCUAACAUGCUAAGUUCCCUUUUAGUGUAGACAGCAUAAGACCCCACUUAAGUGUGUUUAUCUCUCAUCAGAACUAAUAGAAUAGUCAUGCCGAAGCCUAUUGGGGAAAAGAAGGUAGCUAAUAAACUUUACCUCUGCAUGUCGGGAUGAUACUCCUUUACUGUAUGACUAAUGCUAGUUGACCACCUUCCCUGCCUAAACACUGGCCCCUCCCCGACCUGUAGGAUCUGUGUCAUUUGAAGCACAGCGGUGGCAUGGUGCCUUUAUAUGUUACUACCGAAAGGUACGGUCUUCCAUUUGUAUUUCCCAAAAGCCUUACAAUGGGAAAAGAAACACUGAACCAAGGCUACAGUGGAUGGUGCAUUUCACAGGAAGAGUGGUUAUUUCAAACCUGCAUUAAAGUUUUUGUAACAAAGCUUAAAGGUGCACUAUGGAACUUUUCUGGUGGAGAAUCAGCCACCUAAUUGUCUCCUGUAAUAUUUCAUAGUAUGGCAUUAUACUUAUCUUGCAUUUGUUCAAUUAAAAGAGGUUUUAUUGCUAUAAAAUACUUGAAAAACAUGGAUUCUGUUUGUGAGCGGGUUCGCCUCUGCUCUGCUCUGACCUGCAACUUUGGCCUGGUGAUGUCACCUGCCUGUCUUCAUGGGGAUGUGUGCAUUUAAUGCCAUACUGUGGAACAUUUACAGCAAAGGACGAACAUUACUCCAGACAAGAAUCUUUUACAUGGUGCACCUUUAAAUACUUCUGAAUAGGUGAUUAAUUCUUUAUUGAGCGCACCCUUAAGGUGGCUGGAUGAAUUGCACAUAGCGAUGCAAUAAUAGGGCACAUUACCAUUACAUUGAUCUGGAUCAAUGAAAGCACAAACCCAAAGAAGGCACCUGAGGCUCAGUUGGCUUUUCUGACACCAGUGGCAAAAGGAGUCUUCACCAAAUUCAAACAUAAACAUGACUCCUCCAGCCGAAAACAAUCAGCUUUGAUUGUCCGUUAGACAUGAACUGUAGAAAGACCGCUGUCUGGAGUUUCCUGAUUGUCCUUGUUGCUCUUUUGCUUUAUUUCAUCAGUAAUUAGUAACUUUAAACACAGUUGUCCGAUGCGGUACGUGCAUUCUGGAUCAUGUUUGUUGUGGCUGUGUUGCGAUUUGAUUGUGGAUAUUUUGUUGACUUUAGGGUAGACUGACUAGGUUUGCAGUACUAGUUGUGUGCAGUGUUAAUAACGGUGUGAUCAUAUUCUAGGAGUGACGUAACAUUUGUUGUCUUACUGCAAAAUAUGGCAUGAAUCAUUUUGUCAAAGCUGACCUCGUUUGAAACAGACAAAAGAUAAAAGUGCAAUAACAUUUUGUUUCAUUGCUUCCUAAGUUGAAUAUCUCUAUUUUUAUGCCCUAUUUUGUUAUCACCAAAAGUCACACAUCUGUAGCAAAUGAAGGAUUCCUCUGGUCCUCCUGUUUGGUUCAGAAGUGGCAUUGGAAAGUUGUGUGUUUAUUCCAUUUUUAAAACUGUGAUCUAUAUCAAACUUUAGACGCUGCCUGCUCAGAAAAGGACCGUGCACAAGUUAACUUAUAUAUUUGAGUAGGUGAGUGUAUGAUGGGCUUUGAUGGUAAUGUAGAUUAAACCUAUUUCCUUGAAUUCUGGUUUCUAGUCAGUAGACCUGUUAAUUUGCAUGUGUAGAUGUACUAUAUGCAUCCUCUUCCUCCUUGAAUGAAAUGUUUUCUCAAAAAUAUUUAGACCUGCUGUCAGUGACGUAUGCGGAUAAAAGGACUUUGAAAUGCCUUAUAUUUGUUUUAUUGUUAAGCAUUAAGGGUGAUUAGCCCUCCCUUUUCAGAGUGUAGCCUAUAGCCUGUACAGACUCUUGAGAUUUGUAUCUGCUGUUUAGCCCAGUGUUUGUGAUUGUGGUUUAGAAACAUUCCCCUGAAAGUGCCGUUUGUUCACCAGCAGAGGGAGCUGUGGGGAAAAGCAUUGAAGGGAAAAAGCUGCAGUGUUUAAAUGAACCCCAGAGAAAGAGGAGUAUUUUGCAGGUGAAAUAAGGCCGCAGUCUGAAGGAGCACCUUAGCGACUCGCCCGAGUGCGGGUCCCAGCUGGAGUACUCUAAAGCAGAGCCAUAUCAGAAUUGUCCCAAUAGGAGCCCCUUGAAUGUGCUAUUAGAAAUAGCCUACUGUAGUUAAGGAUGUAUUCUGCAUGUUCUGUGACAUAGUGGUAUUAGUCCCUUUGUUUUGUUUAGUCAGCUUCACUGUAGAUGUUGCCUCUUCAUAGAAACUUACGAGCUAUUAACAAUCCUCUCUCAACUGGACUAAAGCAGACGAGAUCUGCUGCGAAGGCAGCCUUAAAUCUUUGCCAGUUCUUGACCUGUCGGUGAUAAGGGGUUUCUCACUUUGAGUGGCUUAUCUAGAGAGGCCCUUUGAGUGGAAGGACUGUGGAUCAGGGCGUGUGACAGUUACAAUCAGAUGUUUUCAGUGCACCUUCUCGAUUCUUACGAACGUUGGCUCGUCCACCAACAUUCCAAAGCUGAUCUGGUCACAGUGAAGUCCCAUUGAUAAAGUCCUUUGGCUUUGCUGAUGAAUGACGUAAGCGUGUGUGUCUUUGACAGGGUCCCUAUUAGCCUAACGUCGAUUACCUCAUUUUAAAGUCUGCAAAUAUACUACUCUACUGUGUGUAAAGGAGUCAAUGCCAUCACCAGCAGCGCGGUCUCCGGACCUGUGAUGACAGGACCAACAAGUCAACAUUAGCCAAAUUUACACAUCACCAGUUUUAGUCAAUAGUGCUUAGACAUGUUUCAACAUUUUUACUGGCAAAAAGGGCCUAGAGUUUAUCAGUUUGCAAAUAACUACAGGUGCUUAAAGACUAGUCAGCAUCUGAACCAAGUGCAAGUCCUUCACCAAAGUUUGAAAAUGUACGGUUUCUAGAGUCCAUUGCUUCUCACGCGCUGACUGGCAAUAGCACCUUUGGUUAUUAGCCGUGUUUUAAUGCUGCGCUAAAACCAGAUGUGUUUAUUACAUAUUUAAAUGAAAUCAUGUUGGCAUCACUUGCUGUUUUCAGUAGCAUUUCUCCUACCUCUUUGUUUUGCAGCCUUGAAUAUUGUUUGUCCACCUGUUUCGACAAAGUACAGGAAUACAGAUUUAUUACAAGCAAUGGUAGUUAUUCAAGUGUGGUCGUGUUGUAUGUGUGUGUCUAUUGACAUUGGAAAAAAUAUUUAUGAGAAGCAUUUAUAUGACACAAUACCACUGGAAUGUGAAGCCAGACAAUGUUUUAAUGCAGAUUGAUGAUAGUCUACCCCCUUUAACAUGCAGUGGUGAGUGGUCAGAUAAUCCAUGCGUUGUUUUAAAGAUGCACUAUGUAACUUUUUGAUGGAGGGUCUGUCACCCAUUUGUCUUGUGACAAUGAUAUUGCUUUGCCUGGAAUGUUCCACAUUAUGGCAUUAAACUUAUUCUCUUCCUUCUACUCAAUUACAGGCCUUUCUAUUCAUGUGUUUUAUAUUUCUGUUGUAGGGGACAUUUUGAGGGCUUUUCACAAUUCAAAAGAUAUAAUAUUUUGGUUUAAAAUGUCAUUUGUAUUUUUCAACAAUUUGAAUUACCAAAUAUACUUGCUAGUCACUUGCUUGUCUCCGUGGAGCGUAAUAGGUUUUAGACCAUACUGCAGAAUAUUCCAGGCAAAAUGACAGCAUUUCCAUGGAGAUCAGAACAUUUUGGACCCUCCACCUAAGCGUACAUAGUACGUCUUUAAAUGUUGCAUUAAAAAACACCACUGUCUUGCUUUUAAGUGUAUUUCAAAAUUACCGCUUCACUCGGGGUCAGCUAUUGAUCGCCCUGCAGUUAAAUUGAACAGCUUGUCUAAAGAGGUGGAUUUGUAAAUCUGUAGAGGGUCAGUUUGCCUUUUGACACCCAUUUAACCACUUUAAAACCAAAUUCUGCUACCUAAGCGUCGUCUACAUACGGCCCUGUGUUACAAACCAGUCUGAUGAAAGGGGUGAAAGACUAGCUGAACGGUUUGAGGUUUUCUGGCCUGAUCCUGGCCCAAUGUUUUUACAUAACCAAAACUCAAAUUAAGCUGUCGCCAUUGACCAAAAUCCAUGCUGGGCAGUACAUAAGUAUAAAAAAAUAAAGUAUAUUUCUUUGUUUCCUAAAUGAUCAUAAGCAUUUGAAUAACUGAAUCUAAAACUGACAGCUAAAGACAAUAAUUGGUAUUUUAAAUCCCCCCAAAAGAUAUGAAAUGAAAUGAUUUUAAGUAUAUUUAAUUAAGCAUCAUUGUGUAACCAGGACAGGACCAGCCCACUUCAGAUAACACACUGUCUUACCUAAACCUCAAGCCAUUCAUUUUUCUGUUUUACUUUUAUGUUAAUUUCUUUUUUUUUUUCGACAAUGCAAUCCUGAAAGCACUUUGCCUUGUUGUUCUUUGUGUGAACAUGUGAAUGAUGAUUUGUUACAAUUGUUAAUAUUAUAAUAAUAUGUAAAAGAUCAUUCACUGUUUUGGAAAAACCUGCAUCUGUCUUUCUGACGUUAAAAGAAUAACUAAAAAAAAAAAGUGACAUUAAACCGGAAUCUAUUUUAUAAAAUGUUUGCUGCAGCCAAUUGGUCUUGUCAUUCAGUAUUGUGGCUUAGGGUUGUUUGUGUUCAAUAAAGUGCUAUUGCUAAAUAUUUA